AUGGCAAACUGGGAAAAGCAAAAAGAGCUUGAAGACGCCCAGCGCAAUGAAUUGGAUUUCAUUGCAGAUGAGAAGCGUGGUCAAUCAAAGAAAAAACAGCCAUUUGCCGAGCAGGAAAGAGCAGCCUCCUCAAUCAGAGUUCACGAAACACUGGCCCCUGCCAACGAUGAAAAAAAUUCGAUAAGUUUUGAUGAAUCGGAAAAGAAUUCCGAUAGUGCUCGAGACGAUGUUGGCAGCCUGUAUUUCCAGCCCGAUUUUAGUAUGGAUGAUGCGUAG